CGUGAUGUUUCCUGCAUUUCUUCAUGUCUCCAGUACUCCAGCUAUGUUCGCACUCGGUCCACAGGAUAUCUGUUCAUCCUGGUGAUGGCGUGGAUGAGUGGUAGUUCUCACGCUGUAGAAAGGGAGGAGGUACAGGCCUGUGGCGUGAUGCCGGCGGUAACUCCUAUUGAUCUGCCGGGACGCUGGCUCCUUUCACCAAGAAGGCAUGUUUUGGCGGUGGGGUCCGUGACUUCGCGGGCGGCCCUGUCCACGUCUGCGGCGUCGUCAGCUGCGUCGUCUGCGCCCUCAUCAGCUGCUCAGUCCUCGGGUGUGCCUUCAACGGCUCUGCCGUCGUCCGCUGCUCCGUCGGCCCUUCUAUCUUCUACGCCUUCGUCCGCUCCUCCGCCCUCAGCUAAGUCUUUGUCGGCUCCAUCACCGUCCGCGGCUUGUUCGGCAACGCCCUCUUCUUCCGCUUCGUCAGCUGGUCCACCCGCGGCUGCGGCUCUGCCUACUGCGCUCGCGUUUACGACUUCGUCGGCAAUUCCCUUUCCUACGGCUUCGCCAGCUGCUCCGCCCUCGUCUGCGGUUCCGUCAGCUGCUCUGCCUUUGUCUGCGGCUUCGCCGGAUGCUCCACCCUCGUUUGUGGCGUCGCCAGCUCUGUCCACUUCAGGCCCAAAGCCGCAGUCGGGGUUCGUUCUUUCGAAUACUGCUUUGCUUCCCUCCAGCAGAGUGGUGUGGUUUCACACUGCCACUCCUCCGUUCCUAUUCUCAAGGGCCACAAAGCUCUCCUGCGGUUCUUUCGUCUAUGACUUGGCCUUCGCCGCCCUAAGUACGGCAUUUUACGUCGUACUGGGAGAGUACUGCUUCACGCAGGACGUUAUCACUCGUCACCGUGAGUCGUUCUGGAAAGCAGAUCUCGCUCAAGCAAAUCACGAUCCUAAUGGCCUCGGUCACGAGGAGCUACUCAGCUACUGGUGGCCGUACGUCGAGGGAAGCGGAUCAGCUGAGCAGACACCAUCUAUCCAGUACCCUGGCUUAAACGACAGCUCGUUGAUGGCCAGCGUUGAUGCCAUGGUUCUGUCGCGAACGGAGGAGAGCCUUAUCGUCUUGUCAAACCCAUCUGUGAACCCCGAGCGUGCUUACUCCACGAUCUCCACGUUGUCGACAGAAAAUGGCAGUAGAAGUUCCAAGUCGUUAACGGUGACUGCUGCUGCCAGUUUAACUUUCAAUCCGAACAAGACGAAGUUGUACAUAGCUUUAGCUCAUGGCCCCGUUCGUAUUCUAUCCACUCCCGUGGACGAGUCAGGGAUACCCAUCGAUGGCGCGCAAUGGAAAGAAGUCAGAACAUUCUCUCCCGGCGACGAUCACGAUAUCAAGGCUGUAAUGUUUAGCUCACAGAGCUUUGUUUCAGACGAGCGCUGCCUCUAUUUUGGGGACUCUGAGAACCUUCGUGUGUGGGGAAUCGAUCCCCUUGCCUCUGGCACCCCUGACCCGGUGCUCGUCGCUGGAUCCGGGGCGAGAGGACUGGUUGAUAAGGACGGAUUAAACUCGUCCUUCAACAACUUGACAAACAUCGUCGCGACUCCCGACGGAUGCAACGUCUUCGUCAUCGACUACUACUACGGUGUGCUUCGCUGGCUUCAGCUGGACUCGCCGUGCUCCCUGGCUCGCAGUGUGACGACGGUAGCAAGUUACAGCGGGUUACAAACGCUGAGACUCCGUCAGUCCGGCGACGACCACUGCCUAUACGUCGGGGCGGACGAUGGCUCGGUGACUGAGCUGAAAAUAAACGUCUCUCACCUGCACUCUUGCGCGCCUCGACCGCCAUCGCCAGGCGGCGACUCCUCGUCUUCUUCUAACGCGAACGGCCCCGCUUCUGCCUCUUCUCCUCCAACUUCGGCCUCGCCAUCCGGCGAGCCCUCCGGGCCGAAAACAACCCCGAGGGGACCUCGCAAUCUAGCUUUAACCGUGGGUAUCCCGCUGUCUCUUCUCGCAUUCCUUGGCCUGGCCGCUUGCACAAGCUUCCUCGUAUUCAGAAAGUCUCGGCGUGACCGCGAAGAGGAACAGCGGAAGAUCAUCUCGGGGACCAACGGUAGUGGUAAGUUAAACACGAUUCCAAGGGCUGGUUCAUCGUCAGGGGCAGCCGGGAUCGAGCGGGGGGACGAGGGACUUCAUCCGUCCCUGGUCAAGGAGUUCUCUCUCGAAGCUCUGUCCCAUUGCACUCAGAACUUCAGCGAGAGCUACCGCAUCGGGCCGGGGGGGGCGUUUGGUAAUGUCUACUGGGGUUCGACGGAUGGAAACAACGAGUUGGCGAUCAAGGUGAUGACAGGCAGUCUGACAGCGGAGAAGAGAAGCAUGUUCGUGGCGGAGGUUAACACGCUGAGUAGAGUCCAUCACGCCAACCUCAUCCGACUCGUUGGAUACUGCCACGAGGGGAAUCGCUCGAUGUUGGUGUAUCCCUACGUUCCAGGGGGCAGCUUGUUUGCUCGUCUGCACGAGAGAGAGAAAGCCGUUCCGGGGAAACCUUCCAUCCCGCCUCUAACGCUCGUGGAGCGGAUGUCCGUCGCCUUGCAGAUCGCUAAGGGCCUAGCCUACCUUCACGAGGGUGCCGAUCCACCAGUCAUCCAUCGUGAUAUUAAGAGCAGCAACGUGCUCCUUGGCGAUGGCUCCGGGGAGAAAUUGCACGUCGUGGUGGCGGAUUUCGGCCUUGCGACCAUGGGAGAGAGAGUGUUCGGCACGCAGCGUGAGACGGUGGUGAAGACCUUGCAGAUGGCGGGGACGUUCGGUUACAUGGCCCCGGAGUACAUGAUGGGAGGAAUUCUCUCGGACAAGAAUGACGUGUACGCUUUCGGCGUUAUCUUUCUGGAGCUGCUGACGGGCCGGAGGGCCGUGGCGAAGGCACCGUCUGGGGUUGGAUGGGUAACCCUAGCGGACUGGGCGAAGCCGUUACUUAGUAGGGUUUCCGUCGGUGUCGAGAUGCCGUGCCAGAUUUUGGACCCCUGUUUGCGUGAUCAGGCGGCGGGAUUCAGGUUCAGCCGUAUGGUUACGGGGACGCUUGAUUUGGCGAGCGCGUGUCUCCGGGAGGACGAUAGAGCAAGGCCAGCGAUGAGCGGAUUGGUGGAGAAGAUAGGCAAUCUGCUCAAUGAAGCUCAGAUCAAUCUUAGGAUAGCGAACCGGUAAUCGCAUACGGAGAUGUCAUUAUGAGAGAAUUGAUCCCAGAACGGGCCAUGGCGAUCCCCUCGGUUACUGGGGGUUAGGAGAUUCAUCGCAAGCGACAGCUGUCGAAGAAGAGCCUGCUCUAUGUGUAGUGGACUUGUCGCUUCUACUAGAAUAAUGGCCCAGGAACCGGUUAUCGAUGAUUAACAGUUUGCAGGACAGGAUGGGUUCGAUGGAUCUGGCAAGAAGGGACUGAUGGUGUACCUGCGGCAGCAGGCCCACUCUCGCUGAGAAUGGUAGUGGUGAGCACAGUGGGAUGGAUGUCGCACGUUCACCAUGGACAGCACUCCGACGUCGACGCUGAGACAACCAAGCUGAAUGAAUCACGAAAAGACAACUGUAUCCUGAGCUGGGGCUAGACCCUAGCAGGCAGGCAGGGCCUGCAGCCCGGUCCUAUGCAGUGGGGCCAGGCUGAGGGCCUGGUCAGGCAGGCCCAUAACAGGCAGGGCCUGAGUAGUACGGCUACUGUACCACUUUGCGUUGUGGCAAGAGACGGCGAGGAAAGUGACAGAUGGGCAGGAGGUUAAUCAUGUAGAAGGGCAUGAACGAUGAUGGCAGGAAGACUGGGGGGAGGUGCCACGGGUGGCAUAAAACUGGAUUUAUGGUGGGAAAACUCAGGCGAUGAAUGGUGAGCGGAAGGGAGAGAAAGGAGAUUUAAUUUAGUGGCAGGAGGAGGUUCAUAGACUCGGACAGAAGACCACGUGUUACAGGGAAGCGGAGAAAUACGGAAACAGACGUAGGGAUUUACAACGACCGGCGAAGGGUGUAGUUAAUUGAUAAGCGGAGCGGGAAGGAAAGCAAAGAGGGUUUGCUACCGCAGGGAGGGAAGGGAUGAAACGUUUUCGAAAGAGAAGGCCCUCACCAUGACUUAUGGAUACACGAAGGAAGGAAACACGGUAAGUUUCAUGGACUUCCUUUUUGUUUAAUUUUUCCGAAACUGCGACUGUGCUUGGCCAGUGACAAUUGUGGGCGUCUCUGAUUGAAAGGAACCCUGGGAAGUAAUACUAAUAUGGUAAUCAGGGAUGACUGACGGCCAAGCACGGCGCGCUGCAGGUGGGGUCCGGCCAAAAGCUGAGAGAAUCAUGCUGGCUGUUCCGGAAAUGUGUCCCGUCACCGAAGAUCAUCGAGUCGGACGUCUCGAUCUGUAGGCUGGCCGUCAGCUAACGAGAGUUCUAAUCGGAGGUGAACAUUGACGGCGUUAUCGCCUGGGAAUAGGGGAAGUGUAAAUACUAAAUUAUAUGAUCUACCUUCUUCUCCCGAAUACAACGUACGGUCAUUAUAGCUGUAUUAGACUGAAAGAUGCCCCAAAUACAGCUAUAAUGACCGUGCGUUGAAUUCGGGGGAGAAGGUAGUCAUUUGUGUGCAUAGUGUGUAAUGUGUGCAAUAGUCGAAUAGACGUCAUCCAGAAUCUUCUAUGCCGUAAUUGCCUGCCUGAGAUAAACCCCAGCAGAUUGGGGACUGGGGUUGGUAGGUCCCACCUGGGGCAACGUCCCACUCGCACGGAUUAGGACAUCUUCCCCGUUGAUUUUCGUCAUCCACGGUUGAUAUCUCUCGAUUCGGGCAAGGGGAUCUAGCCCCUGCUGCAGUUGAAAACCAGGCCUGAACCGACUGAUUGUCAGCCAAUCAGAUGACAGAUCUGCACGGUUGCCACUGGUUUCUUUCACAAUAGGUCGAAUAUCUUCUGCUUAGCCUGAUGGGACCUCGCUCGCCCCUGGAUCUGUUUGCUCGAGGAUUCCUCUUUUCUUUAGAUGCAUAUAAGCAGAUCAAUUGCGAUUUUCUGCGUUGUCCACAAUGACAUCCAGAUUCAGCUUUUCAAUCCAAGCCUCUUUGCCAGUGGGAUCUUGCAGUAAGUCUUGUAGGAAAGACGACAAUAGUAAUCAGGAGUAAGUGCGGUUCAGUAAAAAACGUGUUUCGGGUUGGCAAAAAAAAACACGCUCGGGCGAAAGACAGUUCAGAUCCUGUCUGUUUAGUACUAAAACAGGAUGCGUUUCUUCAGCAGCAGAAAAGUAUUAAGUGAAAGGUGACCCUUUGACAUCUUCUGAAUAGGGCGUCCGAGGGUCUGAAUCGUUUUUUGUUAUUAUUCUUUUGCUGGCAGAGAUAUAAUUUUUACGACUACGGAAGACCGUCUCGGAUGUGCAGAGAGUCAGCUUACCCUUGCUUACGACUGCAGUGGAACAGGGGUUUGACUUCCUGAUCUUGUUUUCUGAAUGGUAGAUGAUCAAGCUCACGCUGGCAAGGAGCACAAAUCUGAAAGAACUGUACCAUGGGUUGCAAACAAUAAGGGGCUGGCCUUCUUUCAGUAGAAAAUUAUAGAGUGAAAGCCCAGCUAAGAGAAAUGAAUUCAAAUGAUGCUUAUAUAAAUCGGAUGUACUUUUGUAGCAACUCAGGCUUUUUGGGCGACCUUUACUUUAAGGUAAUCAGGCAUCUCACUAUUAUUUAUGGAGGAAAUGGCUAUUAGAAAGAACAGGGGCGCAAUCGUAAGGAGGGAGACGAGGAGAGUUGGGAGUGGCAGCUCCAGUGAUCGGUUGUAAAUGCGAGCGGGCACGCGUGGACAAGAGGAAAGAGUACAGCUCGCUUUUUUUUCCCCUUUUCGGUCUGGGUGGCAUUUCCUCACUUUCCAAUAAAUGUGUGCAGUAUCC